AUGUAAAUUUUAUUCAUAAUUUUUGGAUUCCAUAUUCAUCAACUAGUUUCAUAUACCACAAUCUGCGAGACACUGCAAAUAGAUUAGAAAAUAGGAUGUAACAAUAAACUUCAUGAAUGUUUUAUUUUGGAAGGAGAUGAAGAAGAUUACUACAAACUCAAACGUAUUGAUAAAGAAGUUAUAUAAAAAUCCUUUACUAUCCCUUACAAUGAUAUACCUAUUUAAAUAAAAAUGUUUAAAUAAUAUGAAUAAGGUAUGAUCUCAAAGAAACUAAUUUGUUCUUUGUUUUAGAAUAAGAAUUAUUAUAUAACAUGUAAGAGUUUUGACACAUUAAAUUAUGGUGAAAACAGCCAAUUACUAGAGAAUCUUAAAAUAGAGAUAAAAAAUUUAUAAGAAGAAAUCUGUGAUGAAAUGUUUUAGUUAGAUGAAGGAAUAAUAAUUUUAUUUUGCUUGAAAUAAUCUAUUUUAAGAUAAUAUUCUGUCAGUCUAAAAGGAGAUGUGAUGCUAAUGAUUGAAUAUGAUGUUUUUGAGUAAAUUUAAGAUUAGUGCAAGAAGAAAUCAUAUAAUUAAAAAGGAAAAAAUCAAUUUCUAAUAACAUUUUUUUAAUGUUCAAAAUGGAAAUUCCUUUAAAUUAUUAAUCAAGAAAUAAUAAUUAUUUUAGAAUAUACACUGAAAGAUUAUGAAAAAUUGCUUCAAUAUUUUCCCUAUGUAUAAGAUGUGUAAUUAUGCUAAUAAUAAUCCUAAAUUCUAUACCUUUUUGAAGAUAAUAAUUAUCUUCAAGUUAGGUUUGGAUCAAAUUUAAAGAUAACAGUUUAAUUCUUAAGGAAUGAAAAUCCAAUUUAAAAAAUAGUACUUUUGAAACCUUGUACAGUCAGUGUACUAAUUAUAUAUCAAAAAACAACUAAGUAUUAAUCAUAUAAAAAGAUAGACCACCAGAUUUUCUUAAAUUAACCUUUUGAAGCAGAUAAUAUUAAUUUUUUCUCCAAUUAUCUCUUUAUAUAAAAUUAAACAUAACUAAUUUUAAGAAUAGAUGAUCAUUUAAUUUAAACAUAUGAAAUCUUAAACACAAAAUUAAAUUUCUUUGAAUAUGAUAAUCUGUUUUAUCAAAUAGACAUAUAGAAAAAUUUGGUACAAUUUUAUAGAUAUUAUCCAAUGAGUAGUUUUAUUGAACCUAAAUAAUAAUAUAUAUAUAUCAUUCAGAAACUAGAUAUAUUCUACACUUAAUCCUUAAAAUAUUGUUUUAGAAUGGAAUAUGAAGAUAAGGUUACUUAAAAAAAGGAAGAAUUUAAAGGGGUCUGUAUUAACAAGGAUUGUUAACUCAAGCAGGAAGUACAACUUGUUACAAACACAUUUUAGUCAUUUUCACAAAACAAGUUUUCUUUUUAUAUUAAUAACAAUGAGGUUAUUUAUUUGAGUAUUAAAAAUGACGCAUAAGAAGAUAUAAAAUGUUAUUAGCGCAUAAAAGGCUAUAGAUUUAAAAGUAAGACCUAUCUAAGAUCUAUGCUUUUUCUAAAUUAUUUAGUUUUUCAUCAUGAGGAUUCUAUAUAUUUCCAUAAUUGUUAAUAAAACAAGAUUGAAAUAACCAUUAACACAAAUCAAUUUGAAGUAUUUCAAUAUCAAGAAGACUAUUAUCUAAUUGAUAAAAAGAAUAAUUAAUUAAAAGUGAUGACAUUUAUUUAAGGCAAUUUAGGCUAAAUUGUUUUAAAGAAUAAUAUAGAAAUAAUAAGAGCCUAACAAAUUUAGUAAUAACUGCUUCUUUAUUUGAAAAAUGAAAAAUCUCCAGUAUUAAUAUCUAAAAGUUUAUUCUAACACUAUUAUAAGUAACUUUCUGAUAAUUUGGUUUAACCCGAAUAAAUUCUUUAUUAUUAAGAAAUUGGAAUGUAUAAAUUCAUUCAAUAUCCAAAUAUUUUUGCUUGCGAAUUUCAAGAAGAAGUCAAAUGUUUUAAAUUUUCAGAUUCUAUUAUCAUUUAAAUUACAAGACUGCUAACAGACUUUUAUUCAAUUUUUGCAGUACAAAGUCAAACUAACUCAAUACUUCUUUAUUAUACUAAUUUUAUUGAAUUACAUUUAUACCAUAAUUAUACUCUAUAAGAAUAUUAAUUCUCAAAUCCUCUAAAGUAUAACUAAAUUACAAAUACUUUUGCCUUAGGUAGCUUAGCUAUUUUAACUGAACUGAACUCUUCCUUUUUUAUAUUUAUAUUCACAGAAUAAGACUAAUCAAUAGAGUUGAGAGAUAUUAUCCAAGCUGAUGAUUCUUAUUUUUAAAUUCUAAAUCAAACUUUAUUAUAUUUAAAAAAUGGAUACAUGCGGGUCCAUUAUUUGAAUCAAAUAAAUGCACUAAUUGAAACUAAUAUGAGUGGAUGCAAGAACUUAUUUAACUUUUAUCAAUUAACUUUGAAACCAACUUCAAGAUUUAUAAAUGAUUUAAACUUAAAACUAUUAGUUUUAAAUGAAUGUUUGUAAUUAUUUCCUCUUAAGAAUUCAAUAUCUUUAAGAUUAUAAUAGAAUGAAAAUAUAUAUCUAAAGAUUUCUGAAAUGUUUUAGGGCCCAAUACAUAAUUUAACUAUUAUUGAUAAUCCAAAAAUUUAUUUGAAAAGCCCUUUUUAAUUUAUAUAAUAAAUCAAUGAUUGCAAUGAAGAAAUGCUUAUUUGCAUUAAAACAAUAACUCAAUUAUUUAAUUAAUCUGAAAAUAUCAAUAUAAAAUAUUCAUUUUUUGUAAUAAUUUAAGAAGAUAAACGAAUAUGUCAAGCUCUAGUGCCGAUAGAUGAUUCUGACAACUAGAUAUUUUGGGUAUCGGAUUAUUCUUUUAUAUGGUUUCGGUGUAUUGACGAAGUGUUAUACAUUCGCUUAUUAUAAUGCUCUAAAGAGAUGGGUUUAUAAUGUAAGGAAAUCAUGUUCGCACUUUUUAACUUUAAGAUUUAAAUUUCUUUGAGUGUUUAAAUUAGAAAAAGUGAAAAUUUAGUUCAAAUAUUAAAUAGUAAUACCUAAAUAUAUAUAUAUAUUUCUAAUUAGAAUUUUACUCAUAUUGACAUUCCAGAUUUUCAUUUCGACUUUAAAUAUGUUGAACACUCUGAAAAUUUAUUUAUCGCUUUAUCAAAAGUAGACUAAGCAUAAAAUUCUUCCACAAUAUUAAGAGUCUAUAAAAUUAAUUUUAAUGGGUAUGUUGAGAUAUUCUCAAAGAUAGUCAACAAAGAUAUUCAAAAUCUAUUGCCUAUGGAUGACUCAUUGGAAAGAUUAUCUUUAAUAUCAUGUAGGUAGAAUGGAAAUGUUAUUACUGUGAAUAUUUUAGUUUCGUACCUCAAAAAUUUCUUUAUCAUUAUGUUUUAGAUCGAUAUAUAGAAUAUACUUAUUAUAUAAUAAAAAUUGUCAAAACAGAUUAGAAACUCGUUUCCAAAUUAAGAGUACGAACUUAAUUAUGUAAACGAUGAUUAUUUGAUUUUGAACAUGAAAGUACAAAAUGCUACUAUUUUAUUUGAUUUAUCUGAGGAAAGAUUAUUUUAUGAUAAUCACUAUUUUUCUCAUCUUCACACUUAAAUCACAAGAAUAAAUACUACACAUUUUAUUUUUAGGAAUCAAUCACAGUUCCAUUUGGGAAUAAUAUAAUAAUAUGAGAUCGAUCUACGAGAAGUCAAUGAUACAAACCUUACUUUUAUCUUAAUUGCCUAAAAUCACUUAUCAGAUACUUAAAUUUCAAUUAAUGUAACUCGCUCGAAAAUUUUAGACCAUUUAAAUAAGAUAAUUAUACUAAUUUUACUAAUCAACAUUAUUUUUAUUCUCUUAUAAUUAAGAACUAAGUGGUAUAGGAAAAUAUAAAAGAAAUAAUCAAGAUAUUGA